CCAAAAGGCUUGAAGCAUUAUGGCAACAAGAAACCUCUUGUGUAUGAGAAGUAACUUUCUCCUUGGUUCAAGAUGCUGGAUGAUUCGAUUUUCAACAGGAAUCCUCUUCAAAUCAGUUUCACUUAGGCUUUUUGGUGUGAAGUGUAAUAAUGCAGAUGGUGAGUCUUUGGAGAAGGAUGAGCUACUGAACAACUUACUUACUAUGGGAGUAGAUAUUGACAUGGCGAAGAAGCGACAGCCUGGAGUUUUUAAUAGGAUGGUUACUAAUGAGCAGGACCUGAAGAUGUUCCUUCUGUCCAAAGGAGCUAGCAGAGAAGUGAUUGCUAGCAUCAUAUCGAGAUAUCCACGAGCCAUAACACGCACUCCUGAAAGUCUUUCAAAACGAUGGGAUUUGUGGAGAAAGAUUAUGGCAUCAGAUCUUGACAUUGUAAAUAUUCUGGAACGUUCUCCAGAAUCCUUUUUUCGGUCUAAUAACAACCUAAACUUAGAGAAUAAUAUAAAGUUCCUCUACUCAGUUGGAUUGACCCAUAAGUGCCUUUGCCGAUUGUUGACCACUGCGCCACGUACCUUCUCCAAUAGUCUUGAUCUGAAUAAACAGAUGGUAGAACUUUUACAAACAGUCUGUUUGUCCUUGGGUCACAAAGAGCCCACAGAGUUUGUCAGAAAGAUAAUUUUAAAAAAUCCUUUUCUUUUCAUUCAAAGCACCAAACGGGUGAGAGCAAACAUUGAGUUUUUACAGUCAACUUUCAACUUGAACAACGAGGAGCUGCUGGCUCUGCUAUGUGGCCCAGGAGCUGAAAUCCUGGACCUUUCCAAUGACUAUACCAAAAGAAACUACACAAAUAUCAAAGAGAAGCUGAUUUCUCUUGGGUGUACUGAACAAGAGGUACAGAAGUUUGUCUUACGUUAUCCAGAUGUUAUCUUCUUGGCAGAGAAAAAGUUUAAUGAUAAGAUAGACUUCCUCAUACAAGAGAAAAUUAACAUUUCACAAAUAAUUGAAAGUCCUUGGGUUCUGGGUUCAAGCCUAAGUACUUUAAAAACUAGAAUCAAAGAAUUGAUAAAUGCUGGCUAUAACUUGAGCACAUCCAAUAUCACUAUUCUGUCUUGGAGUCUAAAAAGAUACAAAGCUAAGUUGAAAAAGUUAAAUGGAUAG